AUGGAAACCGCGCCGGAAGUAUAACGGCGGGCCGCGUUCGUUAACGAAUGAAAGUAGAAGGUGUCCCAUUUGAAAUGAACGCAAUUAUCUCCUAAACUGCUCGUUGGAGGAGAAACGUAAAUUUCCGUAAAUUUCUCAAAGUUUCUUGAAUAACCUUGAAAUAACCGAUGAAUUCGUUGUUGAACAAAGAUCGGAAGCACGUUCAGCUAUAGAUAGAUUUAUGACCAUUAACAAAUGGCCCCUUCGAAACCAAAUAAGUUUUUGUUUGAAGCAUUUUUUCUCUGCAACGAAUAGAACAACCUGAAUAUACAAAUAUACAUUUAAGAAAAAAAGAAGGAAGAUAUCGCGUGGGUUUUUGUGGGCGUGGGCGUACAAAGUUGAAGCGCAGCAGCAGGAUGAUUUAGAUUAAUCUGAACGAGCGAGAAGUGACGUUGGAGGUUGAUCGAGGAGAGGGACUGCGAAUAGGCGCGGUUUAGAUAGCGGGAAUUUUUUUUCGGACAAGCGUUUGUAAUUGCUCUCUCAACGAGACGUAAUUGUUUCGCCGAGAUAAGAUAAGAUAAUUCCUGUUAAUUGUUGGUAUUUAUAAGUGUUUUCCACGUACGACGUUUGAUUGCACGUUCACGAUCGUUCACAGCCCGAGAGAGAGAGAGAGAGAGAGAGAGAUACCAUUUCGUAUCGGUUUGCAUCCUCCUUGCAAACAAAAAUUCGAAAUUUCCGUUGGCGACGCGAGAUCAGACAGAGAGGAGGUCUCGUUGCGUUGUUUACCUUGGUAUUUUUUGUUAGCUUCAGCGGGCAAUCACGCGUACGACUGAAAAAUCGUGUCUAUCGUUCUGUUCGCAGGUAUGGUUCAAAAACAGGCGGGCAAAGUGGCGGAAGCAGACGCGCAACGCGAACACGGCGGCCGACGCGGUGGACUUCAAGCCCGGGUUCGGCGCCAGCCUGAACAGUUUCAUCGGUCAGCCGUUUGCCGACCCGGACGCGCUCUAUAGCUCGUACAGCACGUACAACAACUGGGCGGCCAAGGUGCCGUCGCCUCUGAGCAGCAAGAGCUUCCCGUGGGUGAACACGUUGGGCUCGGUGGUGCCGACCGCGUCCCACCAUCAUCAUCACACCCAAGUCAGUCCGGUGAACUGUUUCAACGCGGCGGCGACGUCCGUGGCGGGCAACCACAUGGGCGGGAUGUCGGUAUCGGUGGGCCAGGCGGCUACGUCCAUGUUACCAGGAAUGGGAUCGGGUCUGGGAGUAGCCGGUUCACCGGUGGCGGCAACCGGAGCCGCGUGCCCGUACGCGGCACCGGCGGCACCUCAUCACCCGUACGGGCCACCAGUGUACACGCCGCACCAUCGAACAGCCGCGGCCCCGGAGAGCUGUACCGUGAUGACGUCGAGCAGCAUCGCCUCGUUACGACUGAAGGCAAGGCAGCACAGCAGCGGGUACAGCAGCCUGAGUGGCAACUCGUUCAGCAUGGACAGCACGCCGGUCUCCGCGGCUGGGAGUCCAGUCGGUUCGCGAGCUCCUUCCGUCGGUGGCGGUGGCGGCGGCGGCGGCGGUGGUGGGCCGUUGAGCGCGUGCCAGUACGCUCUGACCACCGCCGGCGAGGCGAAUCCUCACUCGCCGAGCAGCGCGGAGGCUCACGUGAACGCGACGGCCAGGGCUCAAGUCUGA